AUGAACAUGGACGCCAACCCCUUCGGCAGAGUGGCGGGGUCCUCUUUCCCCGACCUGAUGAAUGAUCCAGCUUUCGAUGAACGGGAGAAGGGUUUCGAAGAUACGGAUACUUGCCGGAUAUGUCACGGAGAGGCCACAAAUGAAGAACCACUAUUUUACCCAUGCAAAUGCAGCGGAAGCAUCAAAUUUGUCCACCAGAGCUGCCUGGUAGAAUGGCUAGCACAUUCGCAAAAGAAACAUUGUGAGCUUUGCAAGACACCUUUUCGGUUCACCAAGCUAUACGACCCGAAUAUGCCACAAAACCUCCCGACACCGUUAUUUUUGAGGCAAGCUUUGAUUCAAUCCUUGGGAACAAUAGUCACCUGGCUGCGAUUUGGCCUCGUUGCCUUCGUCUGGCUGGGAUGGUUGCCAUGGUCAAUGCGCGCAAUCUGGAGGGCACUCUUCUGGCUUGCGGAUGGCCGAUGGUCCACCAGUGGAGCAGGUAAAGAGGCGGCAGUAGAAGGUCUGGUCCAAGCUGCUGCAAAUCAAACCGCAGCCAGCGCUACCAUGGUCAAAUCGGUGAUCCCCACAAUCUCGAGUGCAAUCCAAUCUGCUGUCAGUGCGGCACCAGCAAUGCAGUCCUCAACCGAAGGCUUUACCACUGGGGAGCCAAUGAUGCUCGCGCUGAUCAAAAAAGUGAUACCCAGGCUUUUCCUCCCUGCCUUGACAUCACCUGGCGGCCAUAAUGGUUCCAUGGCAACCAAUAUGACCGGGUUAGCAAAGGCUCGGUAUCCAUCCUGGCUUUCAGAUGUGAAAUUUCUCAUGACACUCACACCUUAUCCGACCAUCAAUAAUAUGAUAAUUGAUACUUUGGAAGGACAGCUCAUCACUCUACUGGUAGUGGUUGCCUUUAUACUUUUGUUUCUGAUCCGAGAAUGGGUCGUCCAACAGCAACCCAUGGCCAACAUCGCCGAGGGUGAACGGGAAGCUGCCAUGCAGCUGAAUGUAAAUGCCAACCGGGUUAAUGAACAAUUGCGGCCACCUCUACCGGUUCGCCCCCUCCCUCUUCUGGAACUUGACUUAGAGGAGGAACUCCACGAAGUCCCCCGACCUCGCGCUGCAUCUCCCGCUCCCUCCUGGACUGAUUCAGAUGAUGGUCUUCCACUUUUGGAGAGAGCUUCUCCUUAUGCGCUUAACCAAGCUACCACCGACGAAUCUGCCAGCCCAGAAUCCUACAACCAGGACCAUGUUGCUCAUUCCGGCGUAGCUGGCUUCAGAGACAUCUUGGCUCGAUCCAAUGGUGAUCGUGAGGAAAUAUUACGACUAAUUCGGGAGGAAGGCCGUGAAGAGGAACUGGGCUGGAUCGUGAACGCGCUGACAUCCGGUACUCAGGACCAAACCUUCGCUGGUCCCUCAAACAGCGCAAAUAAUCCUGAAGUUGGUGAUAUUUUCGGUGCUCGCAAUUCAUUGAACCCGCAGGAUAAUGCCAAUACCCGUCGAGAAACCCAACCGGAUGAUAGACCUGUUACACAGAUUCCAAAUCAGGAGUUGCCUGCUCAAGGCGAGACAGAGCAUACAGGUCUACAGGAAGAUCAGAAUCAAUUGGGCUCCUUAGAAAGACUGAUGAACUGGUUCUGGGGAGAUAUCACUCCGGGAGAGCCUGACCCUGCCGAGGUAGUCCCAGCCGAUGAUGAGCACAUUGUUCAAAAUCCAGCAUUGGAAGAGCCAUUUGUCCCUGUUCCAAACCGAUUAGAAGAAGCACCCAUCGAGGGCGAUAUGGCCAUGGCGGCUGAAGCUGGGUUAGACGCAAAUGACAUGGAUGCCAUCGAAGGGGAUGAUUUUGAAGGAAUCAUGGAUUUAAUCGGCAUGCAGGGCCCAAUCUUUGGCCUUUUACAAAACGGUGUCUUCUGUGCUCUUCUGAUCGCCUUUACAGUCACUGUCGGCAUCUGGCUUCCAUACUUGUGGGGAAAGAUUGCAUUAGUUUUGCUGGCCAAUCCGUUGGAACUGAUUGUUGGCGUACCAAUGACUACACUGACUGUCGUGACAGACAUUGCUCUUGAUACAUUGAUUGGUGUCGUUGGCUACGUCAUGUACUGGGUGACGCUCAUUUGCAGACUACUGCUGAGCCCCUUUGUCGCAUUCAUUCCUCUUGGAGAAUGGAUCCCACGAGGGAAAUCCGUCACAAGUGCCUCACUUUCACUUAUCGACGCCAGCUCUCACCGUUUGAAUAAGGUUGUUAAAGCCUUCCUUGUUUUCAACGAGUCAGACAUACCUAUGUUCUCAAUUCUGUCUCACCAAGCACUUAGACUCCACCAGGCUCGUCUUCUUGCCUUCUUUGAGUCAAUGUUCGCUAUUACGAAGUUUGUUCUCCAUGACUUUCCCUUGCGAUUAUUCACCCUAGGGAUUCCGGGAGCGCUCUCUUUCGAUCUAGACUUUUCCCUGGUGAAGGAAUACGCAGUGUACUUCCAGCAGCACAUCGGAAACUUCACACGGUCUCAACUGUAUUCUAGCCCCGGAACGAAGCUACUCAAUGCGAGCGCCGCCAAGGCAGCUUCAGCAUCCGUGUCUGUCGACUACGAUCUCGCUGUGUGGGACACUAAAGACCGUGCCAUCGCUAUAUUGAUGGGGUAUCUGCUUGCAACGAUCAUGGGAUAUCUUUAUCUCCGGAUCCAUGGAUUUAUGGCGGGACCUAACCGCGGGCAACAGAUCCAAGGCAUGGUUGCUGAGAUUCUUCUCCAGGCUGGGGGCGUAAUGAAAGUGAUCCUGAUCAUUGGCAUUGAGAUGAUCGUCUUUCCUCUCUACUGUGGCACUUUGCUCGACAUUGCUUUGCUUCCUCUUUUCUCCGAGGCCACUAUUUUCUCCCGCAUUGCUUUUACGACAGGAUCUCCGCUCACGUCACUAUUUGUGCACUGGUUCAUUGGCACUUGUUACAUGUUUCACUUUGCCCUAUUUGUGUCCAUGUGCCGAAAGAUCCUGCGGGCGGGCGUUCUUUACUUCAUCCGAGAUCCCGAUGACCCUACUUUUCACCCCAUCCGCGAUGUCCUGGAACGCAGCAUUGCCACCCAGCUCCGUAAGAUCGGCUUUAGUGCUCUUGUUUAUGGAACGCUGGUAAUUGUCUGUCUAGGAGGAGUUGUGUGGGGCUUAGACUUUGCAUUCGAUGGUGUUCUGCCCAUACAUUGGUCUGCUAGAACCCCUAUGCUUGAGUUUCCGGUUGAUCUCUUGUUCUACAACUUUGUCAUGCCACACAUCAUCUCAUCCUUCAAGCCUUCGGAUGCGCUGCAUGGUCUGUACGACUGGUGGUUCCACCAGUGUGCCCAUUUCCUGCGCCUCAGCAAUUUUUUCUUCCCAGAGAGACACCCCGAAGAGGAAGGACAUCACGUUCAUCGGAACUGGUGGGGCCUAUUUGUUGGACGUAAGGGUGAGUGGGAACGACCCGUGAUCGGGGCAGCUCAACAGGCUGCAGCGGAGAACGAAAACCGUGAUGUGUAUUUCCUGCGAGACGGCCGAUACGUCCGGGCUCCUGCCUCAGACCAGGUUCGCAUACCAAAAGGAACCCAAGUUUUCUUGGAGGUGACCGAGAACAAUGAACGCGUGGAUGGUAAAGUCGAUAUGGAAGAUGGAUUACAUGGCCGUUCCAGCAACAUGUUCACCAAAGUCUACAUCCCGCCUUUCUUCCGACUUCGAAUCGCCACCUUUAUUCUCUUCAUCUGGCUGUUUGCUGCAACUACGGGGGUAGGCAUCACAAUUAUUCCGCUCGUCAUUGGGCGGAAAAUGAUAUCUGUGCUAUUUUCCAGUCCGCUGCCCGUGAACGACAUCUAUGCAUUCUCCAGCGGGCUAUGCGCCGUUUUCAGUUUUGGAUACCUGGUAUAUCACUGCCGCGCAGCAUUGAGAACCUUGCAAGACAACUCUUGGGCACACUUGCGAUCUCCGAGUGAUUUUAGCCGACUUUGUGCAACUCUUGCAGUUAAUGCUGGGCGUCUCCUUUACAUCUCUGCUGCCUUGGCAAUCCUGCUACCCACGCUUUUCGCACUACUCACGGAGCUUUAUGUGCUGAUCCCUCUGCAUACCUUGUUCGGUGACGGUAAAUCUCAUGUUGUUCAUGUCGUCCAGGAUUGGACACUAGGGGUACUGUACGUCCAGAUGGCAAUCAAGUUGACAUCGUGGCACCCUCGGUCCUGGGCCGCGGCAGUUCUGAACGGUAUCUUUCGCGAUGGCUGGCUCCGUCCCAAUGUCCACCUCGCCACGCGAGCUCUUAUCCUGCCUCUAUUACUCUUCACAGCUGCCGCCGUUGUCAUUCCUUUGUCUAUUGGCGGAAUCCUGAAAUAUACAAUCCUCUACUGGGCUGAGGCGCAACAGAACAUCUACCGCUAUGCUUACCUCGCCACUUUGCUAUUCGCCCUCGGCGCGUGGAGUAUCCAUCUUGUGCUCCGCUGGGUGACCAUCUGGCGCAUCAACAUGCGGGAUGAUGUGUAUCUUAUCGGUGAGCGAUUGCAUAAUUUCAGUGAAAAGCGUGCACGGGAUGUCGGAGUGUCGAGGUUGAUCACAGGGUGA